CUGGAUAUACGUCAUCACACUGCGCCGUCAAACAUUACGCAAGUAGCUACUUUUUGCUAGCUGUUCUACACUGCCGUGUGGACCAUCAACAUAUCUUAAAGUUUGAUUUUUGUUGUAGUUGUUUUACUUAGAAAGAACCAGUCAUGGCAAUGCAAGCAGCGAAAAGAGCGAAUAUUCGUUUACCUCCAGAGGUAAACAGGAUAUUGUAUAUACGUAACCUUCCUUACAAGAUCACUGCAGAGGAGAUGUAUGACAUAUUUGGGAAGUAUGGGCCAAUUCGUCAAAUCAGAGUUGGGAAUACACCAGAAACCAGAGGAACUGCAUAUGUUGUUUAUGAGGACAUCUUUGAUGCCAAAAAUGCCUGUGACCAUCUUUCCGGGUUCAACGUCUGCAACAGAUACUUGGUUGUAUUGUACUAUAAUGCAAACAGGGCUUUCCAAAAAAUGGACACAAAGAAAAAGGAGGAGCAGCUGAAAAUUCUCAAAGAGAAAUAUGGCAUAAACACAGAUCCACCAAAAUAGUCAACAUAUAUGCAUCUAUUGCUUUGUUUUCUUUCCUCCACCCAUCUCCUUUUUAUUCGAACCCAUGAAAGUAAUUAUUGUUUUAAAAAUAACUUGAAUACCUGUUCAUCCUUCAGCCUGAAGUUUUGUUAUAUAUUGACCUGUUUUUUCUCAGUAAGUUUUUUGUUGAUACUGAAUAUGUUUAAAUGCACAAUUUGUUGUAUUAAAUCUGAAAUUUUCUUUUUUUUAAAACUGCCUUGUGUUGUCUUUUGGGGGUUUUUAUGUGUAGCACCACACUUAGAGAAUUAAAAAUGUAGGGGCGGUUUCCUGGAGAGGGUUUAGCCUAGUGUCAGACUAAAAUGCAUGUUUGAGCUGCUUUAAUUUCAAAACACCUUGCACUGGCAUAUCUUAACAUAUAUCAGUUGUAUUGUUUUUUUGUUGUAAAAAAAUAAUUUAAAUACUACUUGUAUGUUCUAAAAUAAGUAACUCCUAAUCCUGGAUUAAUCUAAAACCUGUCCAGAAAACCGCCCUGUAGUCCACAAAUUUUUAUGUGUUAAAAUAAACAGUGACUUUCCUGAUUAACACUUUACUCUUGACCUGUAUCAAGUUAUCAGCUAUCAAAUAUUGUGUAUGGUUGUAACUCAAACAGUUAGAUAUUGUGCCAUUUUAUUUAUAUAUGUAAGUAGUUAAAAUAUGUCGUUUUAAUAAAUGAAUAUGGUCUUAA